CGUCCCUUAAAUGCGCGGCACCGGUGGCGGAGCACAACGUCACUUCAGCAUAGAAAUUGUUAUUUUUAGCGCCUGGUUCCCGUUGCAGUGUCAGGGUCGCACGAGGCUGUUUCUCCAUCAGUUAGAGCAGGACUCCCGGGGAAGCACGAGCAGCCUCAACGCGACGAGGACGCGGAUAACGGACCCACGGAGCCGGGACGGGAACGCACACCGCCACGCACCACAGCCUCAUCACAGAUCACACACAUCGCCCUAACACCACCAUCCGUCCGUCCGUCCGUCCAUCAGCUUUCCCGGUAUCAGUGUGACCCAAACCGGCCUGCGUGGAGAUGGCUACCCCCGAAGCGGCAGGUCACCACGUAACCGACGCAGCGCGAGCCGAGCCGGGCCAGAACCAUCCAGAACCAGCCUGUCAGGAGGCGCAGAAAUGGAUAGAGGCCGUAACAGGGAAAAGCUUUGGAGACAAGGACUUCCGCAGUGCCCUGGAGAACGGCAUCCUGUUAUGCGAGCUGCUGAGUGCAAUCAAACCAGGGCUGGUCAAGAAAAUCAACAGACUACCCACCCCCAUCGCAGGCCUGGACAACCUAUCAGUCUUCCUGCGGGGCUGUGAGGAGCUAGGUCUGAAGGGCUCCCAGCUGUUUGACCCCGGAGAUUUACAAGAUACUUCAAUACGAGCUAACCUCAAGGAUUCAGAUUGCAACCGCAAACUGAAAAAUGUGCUGAACACAGUUUUCUGGCUGGGAAAGGCUGCCAGUGGCUGUGCCUCCUACAGCGGUCCCACACUUAACCUCAAAGAAUUUGAAGGGCUGCUCGCUCAAAUGAAAGUGGAGAGCGAGGAGGGAGGUGAGAGUCCACAGAAGCGUAGCGUCAGAGACAGCGGCUAUGACUGCUGGGAUUCAGAGAGGAGCGAGUCUCUUUCUCCGCCACGACACACUCGAGACAACUCCCUUGACAGUCUGGACUCGUUUGGCUCCCGCUCACAGCACAGCCCGUCUCCUGAUGUGGUGAAUCGGGUCAACAGUGAUGGGCGAGGCAGCGACUCAGAGGCCGAUGCCCCCGGCAAGAAACCAGAUGUUCGCAAGGAUGACAUGCUGGCCAGACGGACCGCCAGCAGCGAUACAAGAAGCUCCAUUCCCUUUAACCAGUUCCUUCCAAACCGAGCCAAUGCCAGCGCCUACAUCCCAACCCCACGACGGAAAGCACAUACGGAAGAGGGAGAACAGCGGAGUCACACUCAAGCCACUGCAGAGCAAAGCAGAAGAACUGGACCUCAAAACAAACCCCCCAAGACUGUGACUUGGGCACCUGAAAACAAUUCUAACCACGAAGAGAAGCCCAAACAGGAAGACGAACUGGUGACCCAGGACGUGUUGGAACAAAGGAGGCUGCAGAAAUUGGAAAAAGCUGGGAUUAAAGUUCUACCUGCUGCCGUUCGUUACAGCAGCCCUCCAAUAAAAGACCAACCAGAAGUGAGGUCACCGUCACCGAACAUCAUCCUUCGCCGUGAUAAUGACUUUUUAAGCUCUCAGAAAUCAGCGUGGGACUCUUCAUCCGAUGGGGAGGAAGAAGCAGAUUCACGAAAGGUCCCAGAUGUUCAUAAAGAUGACCUGGCGUCCAGACGUGCUGCACGUGGCACUGUUGCCCCCAAAGUGCAUCAGUUCAUUCCUCCACCUGUUUGUAGCAGCAAAGACAGAGAGCGCUGGGAAGGCAUUAGACGAGCCUCACAGCAGACACUCCAGGAGAAGGAGAUGAGUGAGAAGGAAGCAGUCCCUGACAUCAUUACACGCAGAGACAACCCCUUCCUAAACUUCACCCCUCGCCACAAGCAAGAGGAGGAGGAGGAGGAGGAGGAGGAAGAGGCGAUUGUUCAGGCGAUACCUAAUAAACAGAAGGAUGACCUGGCUCUUAGGCGGGCUCAGAGCAGGCCCCUCCCUCACAGGGAUGGACCAAUGAGCUUUGUUUCGACUUCCAUGAGUCAGGCUGAUAUGCAGAAGUGGGAGAGACUCAAGAUGACUGAACCCAGUGAGGCUAGCCCAGCUCCUGUGUGUCAGGCUUGUCUGGAGAAAAAUUAUGGAAGCCCUUUCAGCGGAUCAGCAAAGGCUGCACGGGGUCACAGCAAAGUUGUGACCUUUGGGGGCGUGACUGAGAUCGGGCAGCCAAUAGACACAGUCACGUCAAGUGAAGGGGAGGAGACGGAGUUGCUAAGACGACUCCUUUUCAAACCGACUGUAGCCAUGCCUACCAUUGGCCUGGGCUCCCAGCUUUCAGAGCGGGAACGCAGCCAGGUAGUUGGAGCUGACGUCAGUCAAUCUAAUCUCCUGCCCUCCACUCCUGAGGCUGCCCCUUCUCCUGCUGAGAUGGAUGCAUGUUUUGCUCAGUAUGUAAGAAGAACAGAGGAGGAGGAGGAGGAUGAAGAGGAAGAGGAGAGAAUCCCAGAUCUUCGGAAAGAUGACAUGAUGGCAAGGAGGACAGGGGUUUUCCAUAAACAAAGCUCUGCGACAGUGAGUUACAACCGUUUCCUGCCUCUGCCUCGCUCCAAACACAGCACACAAGGUGAAAUCUGUACAGAUUCUUUCCCGUGGAAUAAAAAGGAAGUGCAAGCAGAUGGGAACAAGAAAUUGAACAUCAGAGCGGAGCAGCAUCAAAGCAGAGUCACCAUGGAAACACCUCAACCUCAUCCCGACAUUAUCAGAGCUCACAGUGAACGUGAAUAUGACGACGAAGAAGAUGAGUAUGAUGAAAACGAGACUGUGCCUGACCCAGAGAAGGAUGAUAUGAUGGCUCGAAGGGCGCGAUUCUUGCAGAAAACAAAUGCAGUCAAAACAAAUCAGGCAUUCAACCAGUUCUUACCAGUGCCUGGAUCGGUUAAAUAUAACGUCACCUCAGUUUCUGCAAUGAAGCAAGUACACAGUCGACCCAAAAUCACAGAAAAAAUCACCAGCGAAAGCAGCAUCGUUACCGUGGCGACAGAAUCUCAGGCCCUGCCCACAAAGCCACACACUAGGAGGUUUGCAGGGUUGAGGGCUAGAGGGCCAGAGGAGGAGGAUAAAAAGCAAGAUGUAUACAAGGCAGAGUGUAACCCCCCUGUCACCGGUGUGACUGAGCCCCUCUUCUCUCCAUCACUCACCCCUCCACUCAGCCCCGUUUCCAUCUUGGCUCGUAAACCGGAGGCAGAGUUGGACAAACAGAAUGCGAUGGAAAGAGUUGAGGAAAAAGUGGAAGAGAGAAGGGAGGAUGUGAGUGAGCAUCCACGAAAGAAACCCUUCUGGCUGGAGGACGAUGAACUACCUCCCAUGAUGAUGAGCCGACGAAUUGGUUUUAUGUCUGAGGACACUGAGAGUGUGAGUAUGAGCGACAUGCUUAAUGAAGACGAGCUGGGACAGUUACCACAACUUAGUCAGUCACGAUACGAGCGCAUGCAUGAACAGUACAACAACUUCCAGGAUGAAGAUGACCAGUGGCAAAAUGAUCUGGCUCGAUGGAAGACCCGCCGUCGCACUGCAUCACAUGACCUGAUCAAGAAGGAGGAAGAGAGGAAGAGGAUUGAGAAGAUGAAGGAGGGGGGGAAUGAAAGCAAUAAAAGGAAAAGCAUAAAAACCUACAAAGAGAUAGUGGAGGAGAAGGAGCGAAGGGAGGCGGAGUUGUGUGAAGCCUACAGGAGCGCAGCCACUCCAGAGGAAGCAGCUGCAGUUUUACAGCGUUAUGCUCUUCGGUUCACCAUCAGCGAUGCAACCCUGGACAGCCUUAAACUGCCCAGAUCCACCUCAAAACCCAAAGGCGAACUAAUACUAGAGGACAAUGCACACAAGCCCACGUCACCUGUUAAUGACUCUAAGAUGUCAGAGGAUCUGCACAAACCAGAAUCAGUCGUUGUAAAGGACCCGAAGCCUGCAGAAACGGAGACAAAGACAUCUGCUGAACAGGAAGAAUCUAAGUCCUCCACCUCCACUACACCCAACAGUCCCGUUAAAGCAAUCACACAAGAUGUGCCACCUCAGGCAAAAGAACUUAGUGAACCUCAGUCUAAACCAGCAGAGACUCCAACCACACACCAACAGCCGAUGACAGAGGAUACACAGCCUCAGACCAAACCCUCUGCGCCUCCUCACAGUUCACAUCCUGUUCACACACUUCCCUCCCCUCCACCUGUAUCCUCUAGACCCGUCCCCCUGCUGGUAGCCAAACCCUACUGUCAGCCCAGGAGCUCACAGUCUGGACUCAAACCUGUCAAGAUGGACGGCUUGGUUCGAGUGAAUGGAGAGGCAACAGAGGAUUUGUCUGUUUCUGUUCCUCCUGCCUCCCCACUACACUCACCAGAGGAGAACAAAACUGUUUCACCCAAAAAGACGGAGAAAGACGUUCCCUCUGAACAGACUGUGACAGAUCAGAAAACAGCAGAGCAGCCACCUUCUCCACAAACACUGAGGUCAACGCCGUCCUCAGGCUCAGCCAUCAGCUCCCUUAUUGGAGGCAGAAACUGUAUCAUCACCACGACCAUUGUGACAGAAAUGACGCAUGUGGAGCCACAUCCCCACAAUAUCCAAAGCAAUGGACAGGUGAAUGGCACAACAGGGUUCUGUCCAAAACCAGAGGAAAAAAAGAGUCCACCUGCGACAACACCCAUGCAAGAUUACUCUCCCACCGUGACAGAGGGUCUUGAGGAGAGCGGUUUUACUAUUGAGACCCCCAUGUUGAACUUGGCUAAACGUGUUAAUCACUGGGUCUGGGACCCCAAUGAGGAGCGUAAACGCCUGGAAAGGUGGCAGCAAGAGCAGGAGCGCCUCCUACAGGAGCAAUACCAGAAAGAACAGGAGAAGCUGAAGAAGGAGUGGGAGAGAGCACAGUUAGAGGUGGAGGAGGAGGAGCGGAAACACAAUGAAGAGGAGAGACGUAUUCUGGAGGAAACUGUGACACCACUCAAUCCCUCUGGCUUGUUGAGUCAGCAGUCUGGACAAGCAGAUAUGACCCCAUCACCUGAAGAAAACAACAAGUCAGAGAAGAGCAACAACCUCCUGCUACACAAUGGACAGAACCUCAUCACACCCAGUGAAGGUCAACAUGCCUCAAAGCUGCAUUUUUUCCAAGAUUCCGCUUGUGACAAAGAAGCAUCAAAGAAACAGGAGCUGUGGAAGACGGCAUCUCUGGACCGCAACCCUCAGCAGCCCAACCAGCCACACACUGUUAAAAGGUCCGGAUCACAUGAUGCUGUGACGAGCACCCAGCAGUGUUCCCCGUCAUCGCCUCAGCCUCCUUCACCAAGCAGAUGUGUUAGCGGGAAGAGGCUAUGUUCAGGAUGUUCUCAGCCUCUGGGGAAAGGAGCCGCCAUGAUCAUCGAUACGCUGGGGCUGUUUUUCCACAUGCAGUGCUUCAAGUGUGGCGUGUGUCAAGGGCAGCUGGGCGAUGCCACUUCAGGGACUGACGUCAGGAUCCGUAAUGGACUGCUGAGCUGCCAUGAAUGCUACAUAGCAUCCAGGGGCAGAGGUCAGCCCACCACACUAUGAUGGCCUGUAUUUGGACUCAAACACCAACUGUCACCACGAGUGAUUGGACGGAGAACAAUCUGGAAUCUUCAAUCACUUUCUGGACCUUCUGGAAUUUCCUGGAAAACUCUUGGAAUUGUCGCUUUUUCCUGAAAUGCGCAAACAGCUUUACAGCAAAAAAAAAAAAAAAAAAAAUCCACAAUACAUGGACAGAAACACCACCUGCAUAAGCGUACAUGUGAAUACACUUCUUCUGAUGAUUAUCUGUAGCAUGGACUUAAUCAAGAAAAUAGUGUGUUUAGGCCUUUGCACAUCCAUGUUAAGCACAGUCAAGUAACUAAAAUAAGGUUCAGCUCAAACCUGAACUCUACUGUCUUUAACACAUCAGUCCCAAAAUCUAAUUCAGCAGAGAUUCAUCAGCCCCUGCUUCUGCACUGGUCAUGUGACUCGUCUCUGAGCGUGACGUAAAGUGGUUUGGGUUGAAUAACCUGAAGUAGCUUGACCAUUAUUAUGCCUUACUCAUAUCUUCUCAUUCAUUUUGGCUUUUCUGUUUAUAUUUUGCAUGAAAGAAAAACAUAUAUAAGUUAUUGUGAGUAUUGCUCAGAUGGAACAGUGUGAGUUUGACGUCAGUUGUGAUCCUCUCAGCAGUUUUAACUUUGCUAUUUCCUGUUACAUGUUGUACAUCAUCUUCUUUUUGACUUUUUCAGAUCACAGUCACUCCUAACUGUGUGGCUGUUUAUACUACACAGGCAAUUUCUUUAUUCAUUAAUUUUACAGGAAUGAGAAUGCAUGUUAUUAAUAAUACUUGUUCUUUGGAUUUUAAAUAUUUUCCCUUUAAGAUAUUUUAGUCAUUGUUAAUUCUCGUCGGUCGACUGCAUCCCAAUCAGUGCCUUAUGUAAUGAAUGGCAGGGCUAGGAGUAUUUCACACUCACACAGACCUCAGGGUCUAAGGCACAGUGUGUGUGUGUAAUAAGUGUGUGCAUGUGUGUAUGAUUCAUGCAUGUAACAGUAUGUAUGUAAUCUAUGUGUGACUGGACUUGAAGCACAGUUCCAUACCAGCAAAAAAUGUUUGAAUAGAUCGGCCUCUCCUGUCAUUUGUCAUUCUCUUCAACCCCUUCCUUCUCACGAGCUAAACCAAUGACACCGACUUAUUUGCUGCUUUCUUGUUAAUCCAACACCCUUCUUCCCCGUCUUUCCUCGUCGGCCUGUAUCACAAAUGUUGCCUCCCCAGAGUCUGAGCUGAACUCCUCUGUUUGUGUCGUUGCCUCUGUUUGGACACCUGACAGCAUCUUCAUCCCUCAGAGGAAUGGAGCACUGAGUUCAUCAUCUUUUAUAGCAAGUGUAUGUUUAUCAAUAAAAUGUUUUAAAUGGGA